GUCUUCACGCCGUCUGGCGAUGCAUCAGUGCGGUGUCACUCAUAAUCGCGAAACGUUCUGUGCUCUAAGUCGACAUGUUGAAAGCUCUGUUUUUACUAACAUGCUACAUUUGGUUCGCCAGUGGAGCAACGCAGUGUAGUGUUGAUCUUCAGAAGAAUUUCAAUAAACGAUCGCCACUUUUACUGGAGCAAAAAGGGUCAACCUAUCCCUUGCAAAUACCAGAUGGUUCGAAAUUUCAAUGGAGAGUAGGAAGUGGUGUAUUGAUUGGUUGUAGUGAUGCAUCGAAUACUAUACAUAAAGUCAGAGAUCAUUCCGCGCGUAUCUCGUGUGAGCGAAAUCAAGAAUUUACACUCCGAAACAAAAAGUAUCAAUUCAGUCAGCUAGACUGUGUGGCACCUGUAACAAGCUCGAUACAAUCACAAAAUAUAAGCUGCGCUGGAGGCUUGGGAACACUUUUCAACAUUGGCUUUGAAGUUAAAGGUUUACCAUUCGUGAAAUAUUUCCAAUCAUGUUACAACGUGCAAGAUGCUUCCGCAAUUUAUACGGAGCACGAAAUUUUUGGCCGGUCCAUCGAUUUGGCACAGCGCAGUGGUGAUCAUUCGUUCAAGACUGGUGGACUAGCCAGUAAGGUGAGAUUUUCAGAAGUAUAUUUAGUGGCUUCGCAAAAAGAUAGAUUGGAAAAAUUGCUCGGGUCGGAAACUGAAGCCAAAAAAUACAUGUCAUCCACGUUUCUAGCUAAAGGUCACCUCACACCAGACCGUGAUGCCCUACUGGAUACAUGGGCAGCCGCAACGUAUUUUUACAUCAAUGCAGCUCCCGAGUGGCAGGUGGUCAAUACCGGCAACUGGAAACGCGUUGAAAACGCCGCUCGAAAACGAGCAGAAACUCUGGCUGAUACGAUAAUAGUGUUUACUGGGGUUUAUGAUGUACUGCAACUGCCGGAUGUCAACCGGACAAUGGUGCCAAUCACACUGACUGACAAAUCAGAGAUAGCUGUACCGAAGUGGUUCUGGAAGAUUUUGCAUCACACAAAAUCUGACUCGGCGAUUGCAUUUGUUACACUGAACAAUCCUUUUGCAUCCACAAAAGAAUAUCUGUGCAAAAAUAUCUGUAAUAUGCACGGUUGGGAUCAGCAGGAAUUUGGGGAUCUGAGUAGAGGAUUAACUUACUGUUGCACUGUGAAAGAGCUUCGAAGCGUAAUCCAAUCCAUUCCAGUUAGUGCAGAUGCGAAGAAUGUUCUUAAAUUUGGCUGAAAGAAUAUAAUCCAGUUGAUCUGGAUAUGCUAGAGCCCUUCACACGAAAUAAAAGAUGAGCACAUCAAAUAUUAAAAUGGUGAUUGUUGUUACCGCAGUAUCACCAGUCUAUUUAAAUUGUUUCUCGUAAUUCUGUUAUAUGCAUUGGAACAUAUGAAUAAACCAUACCUUCAAAAAGGUCUGAUUGUGUCACUGUUCAUGCGUGAAUAUUGAAAUGUUUUUUAUCCCAUUUGUUUAUUUAUUCAGGCUCGUUAUCAUUUUUGCUGUAACGGAGCCGGAUUUAAUCGUGUAUUUGUUACAUGUUUUAUUGUUUCUAUAAAUUGUAAAUUACACACAUAGUAGACAUUUAGGCGUAAGAGUAAUCAUACUGUUCCAUUUCAUAUGGUACAUUUUACAUGGUAGCCAAUUAGGUUUAGGAGUAUUCUUUCUGUUCUUCCAUUGUCCAGUUAGACCGUAUAGCGGAGACAGUUGAUAUUGAUUAUUGUUAUGUUUUUAACCCUUUACAAGGCCGUCGAAACUAGGCAACGAAUCGACUCCAACUUCAGAGAACAUAAUCCUUACAUGAGGAAUACAGGGCGGGCUUGAUUAUAUACAGUCUUCGAUUUCUUUUCACUGUAUAUAAUUGAGUCUGAAAAACAAUUUUUUUAUUCGUUUAUUAUUCAUGUAUUUUUCUUUUUUUAAAUAUAAAAGAAGAAUUUGAUUUUUGAUUCAUCCCUUUAAAGUCUGGAAACACCUUUCUCACAUGAAAAAAAUAAUUUUAUUCCGGUUCUCUCAGGAGGUUAUGGACGAUCAUAUUUGAUGAAAAAAAUCCUUCUACGCAUAUGUUCAAAUUUCAACAGUGACAGAGUUAUAGAACUUUUCUUUUGUUUCGGACUCUGGUGUCUCAAUCUGGCUCUACAUUAACCCUUUAACGGUUACUAGCAACUAUAUUGCCAUCAACGAAAAGUAUUUUUUUUGCUGCACUUGGAAUAUUCCUACAAUAUUUUACUUAGCCAAAACCUUCUAAAGGUAUCUGGCAAUACUCCAUUAUAUUUGGGCUGCGGAAAAUGUACGAUAUUAAUUUUGGAGUCAUUUUUAUGUAACAAAACCACGAUUUUAGAGCGCCGGCGAAAAAUUCUGUUUAAGUUGGUUGAAAAUGCAUCAUGUUGGAAAAAUUUUCACUGUAAAUGUAUUAUUUGGG